GUCCAGAUCUAACGAAUCAUAGCUUCAAAACCCAUCAAGACCAGAAUAAAAUUAGUAAUUUCAACAAAAGUAGCAGAAAUCUCCUCUGGAGGUUCAUUUGGAGAGCUUGCUCUAAUUCAUAACAAGCCUAGAGCUGCCUCUAUAAUUACAGUAGAGGAUUCUCAUUUUGCGACAAUGAAUAGAGCUUCCUUCGAGAAGGUUAUGAUGAUCAUUAAAAGAAGGGAGAAUGAUAUCAUAGUCAAAUUCCUUGAAAGAUACAGAUACAUUUAUCCUCUGACUUACCAAACUAAGAUCAAGCUGGGAUAUUUUCUCAAGGAAAUUGAAUGUGUUAUUGGACAAGAAAUCUAUAAGGAAGGAGAUGACUCAAACUAUAUCUACCUUAUCAAAAGUGGUGAGUUUGAAAUCCAGAAGAAUAUGUACACUUGUAAAGACCCUGAAAGGACUAUAUCAUUCUUGAAGUUUACACAGAUGUGGUCAUCUAUUCUUCACAAGAAAAAGAAUCCUGACCUUCUUGGAAUGAUAAAUGAAAGAACACAAAUAUGCUUUACAGAAGAUCAAGACCAUCUUGAAAACUUGAAAUAUCAAGUAAAAGAUGCAACUAUUCAGAAAAUUAGGGUUGCAGUAAAAGCCCAAGGAGAGCAAUUUGGAGCAAACGAUUGAUAUUUUGGAUGCCCCUAUAGGACACAGAGCGUAAAAUGAGUUUCUCCGAAAGGAGUUAUCUAUCAAAUAGACUCUAAAGUUCUUAUUCAGAGGGUCAAGCAGAACAAUAAGGACCUUAAAGAUAUAAUUAUGGGCAACAUUAACCUUGUGGAAAGGCAAAUUCAAAAUUUUGCAAAGGUCAAGAAGACAGAAAUCUACCCUGCUUAUUUCAGCAAUAACUUAGUGGAGUACGAGGCAAGUUCUCUGAAUGAGUCUUCUGAAAGAGACCCUUGUACUCCAAAAAGCAUGAGGUCUAAUUGCUCAAGUCUUAAAAAGAUUUCCACAUUUACAGACAAAAGUUCUAAGCAAAUUCCUAUUUUAAGCAAAGCUCCAAAGCACUCAUCACUGUGUAAACUUCACAGUUUAAGCCCUGAGCUUGCAAAUGAGAAAGAAGAAGUUAAGCCUUUGGAGUACUCAGAGAUAAGGUCCGAAAUAUCUUUCUCUGAAGAUAAUGAGGGUGAAAAUUCUCCAAACAGCAAGCUAAAUACAAAUUCUGUCGAAGGAAGUUUAAGAGCUAAGAUGCAAAUUAGACCUUCUAACAUUGAAAUUAGUGAGAGACAGCUAGAUUUUUUAAUCCAUAAUUACAGAAGCAGUAACGAUAGGAAACACUCAAUGUAUCGCCUACACAAGAAUGUCAAAGGAACAAAAAAGAGUCUUGGAGCCCUUAACAUUCCCAAUAUGGAUAAAUCAAAAUCAACAUUUUUAAAUAAUAUCGAGAGUUUGAAGAUUAAUAAGAACUUUAUGCUCGAUUUUGAUUCAAAAGAUCCAACAAGUCUUGUAUCAGAAAGUAUAACUUCAGAAGAAUCCUAUUUUAUUAAAAUUAACCAAGAAGAGCCAGAUAAAUCUAGGAGGAUUCAAUCUGGCUCAAAGAGUACUUCAAAUAAGAGAAACCUAAAUAAAAGUUCUAAAGUUAACAGCAUUAUUCAAGAUAGAAGCGGAUUUUCAUCUGAGAAAUUGAACUCUCCUCUUGAGCAAGAAAAUGCAAGUUUGGGAAGGCACUCUCAAUCUAAAUUCAACCCAAACUCUAUCACAGAUAAAGGAAAUAGUAAUAAGUCAGAAUCUGAAACAGAAAAACCACUAUCUUUCGACUUAAAAGAACAUACAGUGGAAGAUCUAACUGAGCUUCCUGAAGAAUUAAGAGACAUAGUACCAAUGAAAUCAAUAUUAGUAACUUCCCUCCAAAAUACGAACGAGAUGCUAGAUAGUACAAAAGAGGAACGUCAGAGAUGGAAAGGAGUCAUUCAGCCUAUAUUAAUCAAGCAAAGUGAAGUUCAUACAAAUUUCCCCACCUCAUCAUCAGUGAAAAAUUUCUACAGGACUCCAAGAAGGCAAAUAAAAGCUAAUCAAUGUUUAAGAGGCAACAAAGUCCCUUUGUUUUCAACUUUGAACAUGAAUUCCAGAAAUUCUAAUAUGAGCAGCAUUGGUGGCUCACAAAGAUUACUUUCGCCAUUACAGUCUAUCAAUACCAAAUUUGUGAUGAACAAAAAGGAGAAAAUAAAGAGCCCAGUUCCUAAACUAAACGAGAAGAUAUUUCCUAUCAAUAAGACUAAUGAGAUUUUAAUGAACUCCCAAAAGGACUACAGUCUUCCUGCUAGCCCGAGAACACUUAUUCAAAAAUAAAAACAAAAGUAUGAAAAAUACGGAUAGUGUUGAAGCAACUCAGAAUAUCCCUGACUCUACUAAAGAAAUUCAGACUAAAUGCAAGAAUUAUAACUCUAACUGUGAAAUAGUGAAUAAUACAGCUAAAAGAGGAAAAAUUAAUACGAAAGCUCCUGCGGAGUUCCAUUACACUCCUGGUCAUGUGUUUAAACAACCAAUUGUUAAGUUUCAAUACAAGAAGGAAGAAGUGGGGUAUAACUUACCACAUAUCGUCAUGCCUAAACCUUCAUUUGAGACACUACAAGAGCUUAAUUUUACUUCUCCCAAGCCUAGAAAGAUACAACAGAGCAUAUUGCAAGCUGACAAAUGUGGUUUCUCAAAAAGUAACUUCUCAAGUAGAAUGAAGUCCAAUCAUGAUAAAUUUUUCAUUUUCAAUCACACAAGCUCUAAAUCCUUAAGUGCUGGUAAGAAAAAGCUGAAAAGCAAGAAACAAGUGGUAAAGGAUACCAAGACUCCUAUUAAAAAGCAUUUACUACCUUUGUUUAAGACUAAGAGCCAAACGAAGAAAGGUUUCACUCUAAAUUCAUUGUUUAAAGCCAAGAAACAAGACAGCGAGAGCUUGGAAGAAAUCACACAGAUCAGACAGAAAUGUGCCAAAUUCAUGAAAAAUAAUCAAAACUAG